CUCUCGAUAUUCCAACCGUAAAACAAAAAAAAAAAAAAAGUAAAAAGAAGAGAAAAAAGACACUCACACAACAGUCACACACACUCAACAGUAAUGUACCAAGAUCGACAAGGCGUUGUAGGCGGUGGCGGAUCUACCCCACACGGUAUCAUACUCGCCGUCGUCGUCGUUGCAUUGGUAGUUUUCGUUCCCUUCUUCCUCGGAGACGGAGGAGAAGCCAUCACAGACGGGAUCGCGGAGCUUCUCAGUCCAGUGGGACUUCUCUUGCUCCCCAUCAUCCUCCUCCUCACCAUCCAGUUCCUCUCCUCUGAACGCGGCUCCUUCGUCUCCGCCAUUUUCUCCACCGGAGAGCCCGAGUCCAUUCACCGUGUUAGCGGAUCUCCAGUAGGCGUCGCGUUGUUCCUAGUCUUGAUCUUGUUCUUACUCUACAACCGCUUCUCCAUCUUCGGUGGAGGUGAUGACUCAGACGACUGAUGCGACGUCGUUUUCCCAGAUCUACUUUUUUUUUCUUCUUUAUUCUUUUUUUUUUUUUUUUUUUUUUUUUUUUUUUUUUUUUUUUUUCUUUUCGUUUCAUUUGACGGUUGUAGUCAACGGUUUUGUUGUAAUGCAGUGAAACAGUUAAUUAAAUUUUUCACUGUUAAGCCUC